AUGAAUGGAGGCGGGAGAAGCAGCGCAGUUCUGCGUGAAGCUUCCGUGGGCGAGUGGGGUGCUGCGGGUACCUCACCUGGGAGAAGCGCGGGAGGAGCUCAGCGCUGCCCCCGUCCUGCCCCGCGGUUCCCGCCGUUCACCGGCAGGGCCAUCUCGCCCCGAGCGCAGUCGGCCCCGGCCGAUCCCGUGUGGUCCCAGCUCGACGUCCUGGUGCUGUUCGGGGACGACUCGGUGGAGGUGCAUUACGCGGAGGCACGCCUGCUGCUGUCUCCGUGCGGCUGCGAGUACCUGUACGAAGCGGUGCUCCCCGCCGCCGCCCACCCGCUCCAGCCGGCGGAGACCACCUGCCAGCGGGUCGCCUUCGUCGUCAGUGCCUACAGGAAACAACUUCUACGAGCUGUAGAUUUCCGGAACAAGUUUUCUUCUCGCCCGUACUUACCUUCUCGGGUUAUACCUCCAGAGAGAAAAAAGAUUCUUCUCAGUGAUAUCUUAGAAAUUAGAUGGCCUGACCCUGCAACAGCUGCAGCUGGUCUGACAAGAUGUAUAGACAAUGGCAGUGUGAAGAUCUCAUCUGUAGAUGGCUAUGCUCACCUUUACCUGUCAGAAUUGCAGCAAGAAUUUACAGUGGAGUUCUUAUGCAAAGUCAGCCAGUCAUCUGCAGCAUCCUUACGCUCCUUUCAAAAGUACAGCGACUAUCAAACUGGAGAUCAGCAUGGAAAACCAAGUAGUAACUCUGUUACAGAAAUGUCAUUGAAACAAACAAGAAUAGAGAAUAAAAAAAAUAAACAUGGUUGUGCUGAAGGUAAAUAUAGAGAACCAACCAAACCAAAGGACUGAGGAGACAGAGAUGGAGACUCUUUGUUCUACACCAGUUUUUCUUCUGAAUACACGAGUUACACAGUGUUUGUUUCCUCCUGUCCAGAAGAAUGGAAAUAUCCUUUGUCUUUGGCACUGAUGUUCUGUAACUUACAUACUGUUAAGAAUGUAAUGAAGCCAUAUGGGAAAAAUAACCAUACAUCUAUCAAGGCUGAUGUUUUAACAGACACUGAAACACAUGAAUCAGUUUCUUGUUUACCUACAGCUUUGCCGCUCAGCUGCAGAGCCCCACAUUUACACAGGUGGACUUUCUGUGACUUCUUUCAGAAUGAAGACACUGAAAACUAUUCAUGCCCUCAGCUAAUUCAAGUUGUAUGGUGCCAGGGUGUUUUUUAUAGAUUUAUCCAUGGUAGGACUAACAUCACAGAAAUUUAUCCUGGUGAUGACUCAUUUUUCAAGUCAGAGGGAGCAUUUUUUGGAGAAUAUUUCAUACAUUAUGCAGUCCAAAAAGGAACAAAAAAGGAAUAAAGCUAUUUUAAAGUGGAAGAAAAAAUGUAUUCAGCGAACAGUCUUCCUCCUGAUGUACCAGGAAAUCCAUACUCUAUAUCCUCCAUUAUUACUCAGGCAACCAAAAUAUUUCAUUAUUGCUGCACGACAAAACUGUUAUUAAGUCAUAACUAUCAUCUCUGCUGCUGGAAAGUGGUGCCUGAGACAGAUGGAUGAGAAAUGUUGCUAGUUUUGCUGUAUGAAAAGAUUAUUCCCAACAUGGGAAGACUCGUUGUGUACUCAGAUCAUAAAGUCCAUGCUGCUUUUUGGGAUGGGUUGACCCUGAAUGUGGUUUGGGAUUUCAGCUCCUCCUCUAGUGAGAUCCAGGUAAAUGAAGAUAUAGGCUGGUGUAAGUUAACUACUCCUGAUGGGGUAGAGCAGUUAAUAAGUCAUCCUGGAGUCUAUGAAAGGUACAUCAGAACAGCAAUAGAAUGGUGCAGAAGUUUGAGUGAAAGGAAAGAGAUUGCUGAAUAUACUGCACACUCUGUAACUAAAGAAAACUGGUCUGCUGAUGCUGAGCUUGAAAAAAUACAGAGAUUUAAUUUUUUAUUAGACAGUAGCAAUGUUCUGGAAAGGAAAAAUGCUGCAAAAUCCAAUCAGUCUGGUAUUGCUAUCAGAAAAAAUGAAAGCAGGAGUGAAUCAAAAGAACUCAGUGUCGGGUGUGUCUUGAAAGCUUUGGAGAAAACUUCUAAAGUCAUUCAGGAUAUUGAAUCUCUGCUUGCAGCUUCUGGGAAGUGAAGCCUCAUAGCAGAUGAAGACCUGUGUUCCGUGUCCUCAUGGGAGCUGUCCCAGCUGUGUCUGAGGGAGCUCUGAGGGACGACAGGAAGGAAGGCU